CCAGGCGCAGUUCGAGAUGCCCUAUGUCGUGCGGCUCCACAACUUCCACCAGCUGGCCCCGCCCCAGCCCUGCUUCUCCUUCCAGCACCCCAACCCAGACCCCACCCAGGACAACAGCCGCUACCGCCGCUUGUCCUUCCGGGUGGAGGUGAACACCGUCCUCCAUGGCUUUGCGGGCUACUUCGAGACCACCCUCUACAGUGACAUCACACUCAGUAUCCGCCCUGAGACGCACUCACCGGGGAUGUUCUCCUGGUUCCCCAUCUUCUUCCCCAUCAAGCAACCGCUGGCGGUGCGGGCGGGCGAGGAGGUGUCGGUGGCCUUUUGGCGCUGCGCCACCCCCAAGAAGGUGUGGUACGAGUGGGCCGUCACCUCCCCGGCCUGCUCCGCCCUCCACAACCCCACCGGCCGCUCCUACACCAUCGGCCUCUGAAC